CCCAUCAAAAGGGGCCCAGUAUUUUGUGUUUAUAAUUCAGUCUCGAUCAGUCUCGAUAGAAUUCGGACGUCUGAAAGCUAGUGUUUUGACGCGCAUAUUACUGUAGUGUUAUCGACGAAAGAACAACAGAGAAUUUCAUAUUUUGAGUUAUAAUGGCAACCUUACUGCGAACGGGUUUACGGUUUGGAGUCUCGAGUCGAAUUCUGGAGAAAAGGACUAUUUCAGCGGCGUCUAAUGGAGUAAUGCAUGGAAGGCAAAACAUUGAUCCGGCAAACCACAAACUGCAGUACCGUGAAAUUACUCGACGACUGUAUAGUAAGAGAGGUGUACAUUACACGGGAGUCUCGGCGUUCGUAAACCAAGAGGAAGAGAGCGAUAGCGACUCGGACAUUGAACAAGAAAGAGGGCAAUCAAAUUUCUGGAGACGCAAAAUGCGAACUUUGCACAGUCAUUUAGAUGUUAAUAAAGAUGGGGUUAUCAGUUAUGAUGAUUUUAUGCUACUUGGAGAACGAUUUUCCGACUUAGGACAUUUAUCUCCGAAAGCUAAAGCUGAAUUUAAAAAAGUAUUGAAUGAUAUGUGGGAGGAACAAUGGGGUGAAAUUAGUCCAUACAAUCUUAUUUGUAUUGAAAAAUAUCUGGAAGAGAUGCAUCAUGUUCUAAAUGACCCAUCAUUGAAGAAAAAAUGUCAUCACUUUUUACCUUACUUAUUCAAAGCAGUGGAUAAAGAUCAAAGCGGUGAAAUUUCUGUAGAAGAAUUCAAGUUGUUCUUCCAAUGCUUAAAUCUUACGCAUGAUCAUGCAGUUGUUUCCUUCAGUCAUAUUGAUACAAAUGAUGACGGGAAAAUCAGUUAUGAAGAAUUCGUAUCUCUGGGCCGAGACUUUUUCUUGACAGAAGAUCCAACAAGGCCUAGUAAACACUUUUGGGGUCCAUUAGUAGAUUAAACGGUUA